AUUGACAGACAGACCCUAAAUUCACAAAGUCGCUCAUCAGCCAGCCACCGCUAUAAUAAAAUCCCUAAAUUCACAAAGUCCCUCAUCAGCCACCGGUACAAUAAAAUCCCAGAACGAAAUCUCUACGUCGAAACCAUGUCCAGUUUCUUCCCUUUGCCGCCAGCCAUCGGGAAAUCCACUGGAUGUGGAGUGCGUGAUGAAUCACAAUCAUUAGUUGUAUGGGCCAUUGAGGACUACUCAAUCCCUGAAAGUAUCGAUCCUGAUAUGAUCAACUUGAAAAUCGAAACAGCUAUUGUCAAAAAAUUUAAUUUAAGGUCGUCGGCGGUAGUGACAACCUGGAUUUUCGGUUCUGCUGAGAAUGCAUGGUUGGCUAAAUCCAAAGUUAAACUUUGGGAAUCCGAGUUUAGAGUCUCUCUCCACAAAGGGGGGGAUAAACGUGCCAGAUUAAACAUGAUGUUAGCAGACGUCAUUUAUUAUGUAUGGAACUGGAAGGCUCCAACAAAUUUGGCGGUACUCACAGAAAACAAGGAGGAGAUGGAACAAGACCCCAAAUUUUUCAGAUUUCGUCAAGCUUUAGAAAAUAAAGGUUUCUUUGUUGCCGUAGAACACCCUGAGACACUCAUCAACCAAGAAACUGCCGUUGAAGACCCGCCAGAUGACUCCCCAAUACCUUACUACCCAAGUGACAACCCUCAAAAGCUAGCGUUCUGGUACAAAGAAGAUUCUGAAGCUUACAGAGCUAAAUAUAAACAAGUUAGAGGUACAAAACGCACAAUCUGAAAACAAACGCAGUAUCCUUAGUUAAUCACAUGCACUAUUUAUGCUAUAUAUGAUGCUUACUUUCUAUCUUUCUCUGUACUUACUCAACGCCUAUCAUUACCUCCAAUUUCCACCGCUUGCGCUUCUAUUUUUUUGUUGUUAGAUUUGUAUAUAUAAGAUCGACAUUUAAAAGAAAACAUUAUGAAGUGGUAAUAAUACACAUAUAAUUACCUCUGUAGGUUAUAUUUAUCCGCCCCCACAAACUGGGGUAAAAUUAAUGGUUUGUAUAACCGGGAUGAGUCGAUUAAAUUUGCUGAUGCUCUAAAAAAACAAGGAGAAGAAUGGAACAAGACCCCAAUUUUCGUCAAGAUUUAGAAAAUAAAGCUUUCUUUGUUGCCUUAGCACACCCUGAGACACUCAAUAACCAAGAAAUUGCCAUUGAAGAGCCAGAUGAUUCCCCAAUAGCUUACUAUCAAUAGGCAAGUGACAACACUCUUAAGUUGGCUUACUGACACAGAGAAAGUUUUGAAGCUUUCACAUCUAAACAUAAAGAAGUUAGAGGAAACGGACACCUUGGA